CUUCCUCUGCAACCAUGUCUGACAAACCCGAUAUGGCUGAGAUUGAGAAAUUCGAUAAGUCGAAAUUGAAGAAGACAGAAACACAAGAGAAAAAUCCACUGCCUUCAAAAGAAACGAUUGAACAGGAGAAGCAAGCGGGCGAAUCGUAAUGAGGCGGGCGCCGCCGAUAUGCACUGUACAUUCCACAAGCAUUGCCUUCUUAUUUUACUUCUUUUAGCUGUUUAACUUUGUAAGAUGCAAAGAGGUUGGAUCAAGUUUAAAUGACUGUGCUGCCCCUUUUCACAUCAAAGAAUGGAGAACUACUGACCACGAAGGCACCUGCCUCUCCCAUCUGCCUGUCUGGCUGGCAGGGAAGGAAAAGAACUUGCAUGUUGGUGAAGGAAGAAGCUGGGUGGGACGACAGGAAGUGUAGAGGAAAAAUCAAGCUGGUCCAAGAUGGCCUGCAGGCUGUAAAACGCAGUGUAAUCAGAGUGCCAUUUUUUUGUUCAAAUGAUUUUAAUUAUUGGAAUGCACAAUUUUUUUAAUAUGCAAUAAAAAGUUUUAAAACCUGA